AAUACAGAAAAUAUGAAUCAUGCAAUAUCUGUUUGGAAUUAUACAAAGAAAUAUAGUGCACUGGUGAUAAAGUAUGCCUUUGUCGCAUAUUUUAUAAUUCACGAAUUUAUGAUGAGCGUUAGAUACGAGGAAGCAUUCUCAUUCUGUCAGGGAUUUUUGAAUUUGUUAAAUACCCUAUCACACGAUAACAACAUUGUUCGACAUCAUUUGUCGAUGAUAAAAAAUACUAUGGGAUUAAUACAUAUGGAGCAAGGAAACUAUAAUAUAGCUGGUGAAAUUUUUCAAAAAGUUUUGAAUGAAAUUAUUGCUGGGCCAUACUAUUUGGAAUCUAUAGCUGUAGCCGAUAAUGUCGGUUAUGCAUUUUGUCACCAAGGCAAAUAUGAAGAAAGUUUAAAAUACUAUCAUAUAGCAUUAGAUACUUUGUUAGCUAACGAUGGAUAUUUUAAUAAAAAUAUAGAGAUACUAAAUAUUCAAUCUGACAUAGCUAUAGUAUUUUGCAAACAAGGUAAAUAUGAUAUAGCUUUACAAAUGCUUAGAGAGAUAUAUACAACACAAAAACAAAUAUUGGGAGAAAAUCAUUUUCACACAUUGCAUACACAAAAUAUAGUUGCCAGUAUAUUCGUGGAACAAGGAAAAUAUAGUGAAGCCUUAAGAAUGUUGCAAGAAGCAUAUGACAUUAUAUCUAAAACUUUAAACCAGUGUCAUCCUUUUAUUUUAACAUUGAAAAGUAAUAUAGGCGCAGUACUUUUUAAGCAAGGCAAAUCAGUUGAAGCUAUUAAUGUGAUUGAAGAAGUACUAAAUCUGCAGAAACAAGUUCUUAGCUCAGAUCAUCCUGAGAUUUUAGCAACUCGUAAUGCCAUUGCGCAAACACUAGUAGAACAAGGCAAAUGCGAUGAG